CUCAGUUUCCUCUCUGCGGUCGCCAACGCUUCCCGCCUUGCUCACCACCUCUAAAUCCCUCCCGCGUGUUCUUUCUUCACGCACGCCGUUCAACAGCCCCGCUGGCUGUUCUCGUCCCGCAUACGCGUCCACGGUUAGUGUGUGCUUUUGCGUUGCCUAUACAUAGCGUGCCGUGAGCGGUAAAAAAAAAAGAAUAUAUACGUUUUUUCAAAAAAGGGAUUCGAAUUGCAAAGGCCAAAAAGGGAAAGUCGCUAGGGUUCCUGCUGAGAUUCAAGUAUAACAAACAGAAGAGGACAGGACGAUCCACGCGCAGUAGCUGAUCAUUCGUCGGGUCGGCAGCCCACGUUACGAAUUAAAUUUAGUGGAACAUGUUUUGAAAAGGCAAGAAGAGAAGAGGAUACCAAAUGAACAUGUUUUCGAAAGAUUUGCGUAAAGUUUCCGCACCGAGUGUCGUCUCCGGAACUAUUUUGGCGUUUUUUCUUGUGUUUUCGUUAUUAGCGGCCGGAUGUGAUGCUGCUUCGGGCUCACCAAUAUUGACGGACGAAGAGGCCUUCACUAGUUCUGAAUAUUAUAGCAGCGUGGAAACGGAGAUGAAUAUAACUCCGCCGCCGCCUGCCGUCCGGCUGGACUUUGUUUACCACAACUACGUGGCUCUGACUGAUUUUUUGCGCAAUGUUUCUUUUCAUUAUCCCGGGCUAACGCAUCUCUAUUCCAUCGGCCAAUCAGUUCUAAAACGAGAAUUAUGGGUGUUGGCCGUGUCGUCAACGCCAGACCGACACGUUGCGGGCAAACCCGAGAUGAAAUACGUCGGCAACAUUCAUGGCAACGAACCCGUUAGCAAAGAGAUCCUUUUGCAUCUCAUACUGCACUUGGUGUCGGGAUACGGUCACGAUCCGGUGAUCACGUUGCUGCUAGAUUACUCUCGGAUCCAUUUUCUUGUCUCUAUGAACCCGGACGGUUUUGAAAAAUCCGCCGAAGGUACAUGUUCCAACGAUAAAGGCAGGAAGAACCAAAAAGACUUCGAUUUGAAUCGCAACUUUCCUGAUCAUUUCCAGCACAAUCAUUUCCCCUUGCAGCCAGAAACCAAAGCCGUAAUGCAAUGGAUGUCGAACGUGCCGUUUGUUCUGUCGGCUGGCCUGCACGGUGGAGCUUUGGUCGCUUCUUAUCCAUUUGAGAAUCACGUCAAUCGAGCUUUGCACAUCCACGAACGCGAGGAAAAUCCCACUCCCGACGACGAUGUUUUCCGCCACUUAGCUACCGUUUACGCCAAGAAUCACGCUACCAUGUGGAUGGGCAAGCCGUGCAAACCUAAAUCGGAGAGCUUCGUGGGUGGCAUCGUUAACGGUGCCAAAUGGUACACGUUCGUAGGAGGAAUGCAAGAUUAUAAUUACAUUGUUCGCGGGACGAUGGAGAUCACGCUAGAGGUCUCGUGCUGCAAACACCCUAUGGCCUCCACGCUCCGGCAGCAUUGGCUGGAUAACAGAAAGGCUCUAAUUCUUUACAUGUAUGAAGCGCUUCGUGGAGUUAAGGGUUUCGUGACGGACGAGGAAUCCGGGCGUCCGGUUAGUGGCGCCCAAUUGUACGUCAGAGGCCGACAUCACGGGUUCAACACUACAGCAGACGGCGAAUACUGGCGGAUACUUCUCAAUGGCUCCUAUAUUCUCCAGGUUUCAGCCGAAGGUUAUCAGCCGCACGAGGAGUCGUUCGAGGUGAUGGGGGACGAAGCGACGGUGCUCAACGUCACGCUACGGCGCCUAGCGGUAAGUCUUUCAAGCACGACCUCCUCUCCUACACUCCCCCCGCUGACGUCGGUGACGGGCACGGUGGAGGAGGUAAUUAACAUGGGCAGCACGAACACGACAGAAUCAAGCUUUGACGAAUCAUCCGGUGACGGUAAUCAUAACACUCAGCAUCCCAACGGCGUCGAUCCAAAUAAAACCAGCACCUCAACACCGACAAUUUCCGCCACGUCGAACGAAACGAUAACGAACGAUUUACCAACUAACCCCAUUACCGCUGCAAACGGCGCUAACGACGACGACGAAGAUGACGACGAAGACGAUGGAGAUGAAGAUAAUAUGCCGUCAUUGUACAACAUGUCCCGCGAGCCUAGAAUGGACGCGGUUAAAAGCACGGCUUCCUCCUUCGUUGCGACGGCUUUGGGUGGCAAAGAUGCUAUGCGCUUAAGGCUUAUAUCGACAUUAGCCUGCACGUUUAUUUUAUCAAAACUGUUGCUGAACUAAUCUUUAUUUAAUUUCUUGCCAAUACUGCUUUUCUCAUACAUUUUCCAAUCUUUUCUUUCCUCUCUUUUUUUUCCGUUCUUGGCUUCUCUUUUCUUCUUUCGUUAUAACGGCCACAUAUUCUUCUGCACUCCGCUCACACAACGGAUGAUUUUUUUUUGCCUCUAUCUGUGGCUCGUUGCUGGAACUUUGAAUACCUCUGCUGACUAUUCUCGACUUCUUUCAACUUCAACUUCCAUCCAUCUCCGUGCGUGGAUCGGGGCUAUGAUUGAAUCAGGACUACCCGAGCUCUUUUUUCCAGCCGGCCAUCAACAUUGGCGCCCGGACGGCUAUUGGAUCUCUUGGAAUAUCGCUCCAUUUCCUGUUAUCGGUUGGUCUGCUACUUUCCCUGUUGCUGGCCUGGUGAUCUUUUGAUAUGAGAAAUGAUU